AAAGGUAGCAAAAAAGGGGAGGGGAGUAUAUCAAGGACCGUGGACAUUAUUUCUUGCAGACAAUUGUCUGCUUUUGUUUAAUCACACCGGUGGUUCGAUAAAAGGAUCGCCUGAUGCCAAAUGAGAGAGGUGAAUGGCUAACUUCGUGUAAGAUGGGUUUUACUUGAUUUGAUCGCUGGAUGGCGCCAAGAUCACACGACAGAGUCUGCGCAGUCAGCCCACGUGUUGGGAGCUUCCUUGUUGAAGCGUUGUCUUCGUCAACAAGCUGAACGAGCUGGUUUGAAGUGUUUCUAAACUAUGGAUGAGUUACCUGCGGACCUAAGAGAGUUCCUCCUGAAUCACCCCUUUCUUCAGCUCACAGGCGGUAAAAAGAUCAAAUGUACUCUAAAUGGGCACGAGAUUCCCUGCAAAUUGGCCGAGCUGCAGAAGUUCACUGAGGGGAAGAAAUAUGAGAAACUGAGUGCUGCAGCAGAGUUCAACUACAGCCAGUAUGAGCCGCACAUCGUGCCAAGCACAAAGCAACCGAAUCAGCUCUUCUGUAAGCUGACCCUUCGGCAUCUCAACCGGCAGCCGCACCACGUCUUAAGGCACGUCAACGGAAAACGCUUCAAGAAAGCCCUCUCUAAAUAUGAAGAAUGUGUGAAGCAGGGGAUUGAAUUCGUUCCAACCAGACUGACGCAGAAAAGGCCCAGAAACACUGAAGAGGAGGGCGGUCGAGGAAACCCUUCCAAGCAUUCAAGCAGCACGUGGGAACCCUCAUCCAGUGAUGACGGUCAUAGUGACUCUGAGGACAGCAUGAGCGACCUCUACCCCCCCUCCAUAUUCACAUUGAAAAACCAAGCAGAAGAAAGUAUGGAGGACGGAAGGAAAGAGGAGGAAGAUGACUUUCAGACAGAUGAGGAUGAAGAAAUGGAGGUUGAAAAACAGGCGGUGCAGAAACGCAAAAAGGCUCAGGGUGGUGGAUUUCACAAGAAACAAAGAAAUAACAGCUGGAGAUCAAGCAAAAUGAAAAAGAAACACAGAAAAGCCCAAAAUGGAAAGUAAAAUCCAAACCCCCAUAUGAAGAGUAUUUUUAUAUACCCUGCCACGACAUCUAGUUUGGAGUGUUAUUCCUGUGUCAGAAUCAGCCUGUGACCCUUCAACAUCUAUUACGCGAGGAUGUUUUUGGUUCCUGAGUUCCACUGGUCCAACAAAGGCUGAUUUACAUGACGCAUAGAAAAUGUGUUUAAAAGUUCCUUUGGACUGGAUAAGGUGUGUUUUCUGGUUUGCGUUCAACUGCACUAGUGUAAAAUAUAACUCGGUUUGAAUUUGCAAGAACUGUCUGUCUUUUUUUUUAAAAACAUUUACUCCAAUUUUUAACCUAAAAAAUGCUUCAAAUUAUUCUGUUAGGUUUCCAACUUGAUAUCAUAUGACAAACUUCAGCAGCUACACACAACACAUCUGCAUCUUUUCCACGAGAACGGAGAUUUAUCUGACCAUCGAGAUCUGAUUUUACUGGUUGUUGUGCACUGAGGAUGCAAACUUUUCUUCAACACAGAUUUGCAGCUAAAGAUGGAAAAUGAAACAUUUCCGCUCACAGUUUUUUUAUAUGACUUUUAAGGAAGCGAGAACAGAUCUUGUUCUAGUGCUGCAAUAAGCUUCACCAAUGAUGGACUGUUGUUGCUCUAUAUGGAGCACCACAAUAAGCUUUAAUCCAUCUCAUUUAAUGUACAGUUUAGUUUUAGAGUUUUUACAAAAUUUAACAGCAAAGAAUCAGGGGUCUUAUUGCUAAUUUCCCUCUGUACUGUGGUACUGAAGGUUGGGAAUCUGGUUAUCGAUGAGCCACACAGGUGUAUUAUCACCAAGAUGUUGAAAAUUCAUAAUCGUAAGUCUCUUGCAUAUGAUCUCAUUCACCAGGACAGCUGCCUGUCAGCCAUUGUCCGUACAGUGAAAUUCAGAGAACUUGAUUGAAACUGAUUGUUUCUUUAAAUGCUGCCUUUGUUCAGUGGCUGAUGCUAUUGUGAUUUGUCGAAGGCAUGGCUGAUCUGCUGUAAUCUUAGUGUAAAUAAAGUAAUUUGAACCUUA